AUGAGCCAGGAGGACUGGGACUCGGAGAUCGGCGACAGCGCCACGCCCGCCGUGCCGCCCUUCGAGGAGCUGGAAAUGGACUUCUCUGGAAGAGCGAGUGGCCUCUUGUCUGACUGCAAUCAAAGUAUAGGCUCUUUAGGUAUUGGUGCUGGUGAAGGGCGCAAAAAUCAGCAAAGGCAGGAUGAUUUUGGAGUUGGAGGAUGCUUUAGGAGUAAAGGCUUUCAAGAAAGGAACAGCAUAGAUGGUCCCAGUACACAAAAAGUUGGUUUUAGAGGCACUUCUGGAGGCUUUGGACAAAAUCAGAGUGAUAGUGAAAGCUAUGGAAGCAGAAUGUCUGGAUGCCAAGGAGGUUACAAAGGACAGGAUGAAGAAAUAGGUUCUGGAAGAAGUUCCUGGAAGUCUGGUGGUGAAGCAGGUGGUGAUGCAGGUCCGAAGGUGACUUAUGUGCCCCCACCCCCACCCAAUGACGAAGAAUCCAUCUUUGCACAUUAUCAGACAGGAAUUAAUUUUGACAAAUAUGACCAAAAUGUUGUUGAAGUAUCAGGGCUUGAUCCUCCAGCAGCAAUACUGACUUUUGAAGAAGCUAACCUCAGUCAGACUUUAAAUAGGAACAUUGCUAAAGCUGGAUACUCUAAACUUACUCCAGUGCAGAAGUACAGUAUUCCUAUUAUACUUGCAGGACGGGAUUUAAUGGCAUGUGCCCAAACAGGAUCAGGAAAAACUGCAGCUUUUCUGCUAGCAAUUGUGGCCCAUAUGAUGAGAGAUGGCAUAACUGCCAGUUCCUUUAAAGAACAGCAAGAACCAGAAUGUAUAAUUGUAGCCCCAACUAGAGAAUUGAUAAACCAGAUCUUCCUAGAAGCAAGGAAAUUUGUGUAUGGGACUUGCAUAAGGCCUGUUGUGAUCUAUGGAGGAACACAAACAGGUCAUUCAAUUCGUCAGGUGAUGCAAGGCUGUAACAUACUAUGUGCCACACCAGGAAGGCUUAUGGACCUCAUUGGAAAAGAAAAGAUUGGUCUGAAUAAAGUGAAAUACUUGGUGAUAGAUGAGGCAGACCAUAUGCUUGAUAUGGGUUUUGGUGUAGAGAUGAAGAAGCUAAUUUCUUUUCCAAGCAUGCCACCAAAGGACAAGCGUCGGACCCUGAUGUUUAGUGCCACUUUUCCUGAAGAAGUUCAGAGGCUGGCUGGUGAAUUUUUGAAAACUGAGUAUUUAUUUGUUGUUGUUGGACAUGCUGGCGGAGCCUGCAGUGAUGUUCAGCAAAGUAUUCUUAAGGUGGCUCAAUAUUCCAAGAGGGAGAAACUGCUAGAAAUUCUACAAAGCACAGGUUGUGAACGAACCAUGGUAUUUGUGGAUACAAAGAAAAAAACUGACUUCAUUGCAGCCUUUCUUUGUCAAGAAAAAAUACCAGCCACUAGCAUCCAUGGAGCUAGAGAACAGAGAGAGAGAGAAGUAGCUCUUCGGGAUUUUCGAUCUGGAAAAUGCCCUGUUCUUGUGGCAACUUCAGUGGCAGCAAGAGGCCUGGAUAUUGAAAAUGUUCAGCAUGUUAUUAACUUUGAUCUCCCCCCCACCAUUGAAGAGUAUGUGCACCGAAUUGGACGAACAGGACGUUGUGGAAAUACAGGCCGAGCCAUUUCUUUCUUCGAUAACAAUUCUGAUGGCCACCUUGCCCAAUCUCUAGUUAAAGUGCUUUCAGAUGCCCAGCAGGAGGUUCCAGUUUGGCUAGAAGAAAUGGCUUUCAGUGUUUCUGAAACCAGUUUUAGCACUCCAAGGGGAAACGUCUUUAAAUCAGUUGAUACCCGAACAAAUUAUGAAGGCAGAGGCAGUCCCAACCCAGGAGGAAUGAGACCAUCAUACACUGCAAGUGCAUUUGAGUCAUGGGAUUAAAACUCAUUUA